AUGGCUGCCUCUCUUUCCAGAACACAACCAAUUUGCCAUACUCGCUCUAACAGCUUGUCCUCUAGGCCUCAUCCAUUAAGGUCAAAAGCUGGUGAAUAUUUGAGCAGAUUAAGGUCUUCCGAAUUCACCUCUACAUCUUCUUCAUCCAUUGGCCAAAAACUAAAUGAACUUCAAGAUUUGCAUGAUGGUAUUGCUAAGUUGCUUCAGUUGCCUCUCACUCAGCAAGCUUUCACCGGAGUGCAGAACAAGGCAUUGGUUGAUGAACUGUUUGAUGGAUCUCUUAGGCUCUUGGAUCUUUACAGCAGUGCCAAGAAUGCCUUGUUGCAAACCAAGAAAAGUGUGCAUGAGUUUCAAUCAGUCAUCCGAAGAAAAAGAGGUGGUGAAAUUGCAGACGAGGUUAAGAAAUUCAUAGCCUCUAGGAUGACUGGGAAGAUGACAAUCCAAAAAGUCUUGAAGAGCUUGAAGUGUUUGGAAAAUAACUACAUCUUUGACAAAGACAAAGAAAGCUUUACUACAUUGCUGAGUGAGAUAGCAGCAGUAACCGUUGCAGUGUUUGAGUCAUUGUUGUUCUUUAUCUGUGGUUCAUAG